GUUGUUCAUUAGCGUUUCGCAAAUUCAUUAAGAUUUUUCAGGGUAUGGCCCACGCCAAGAGAAAGACUCGAAAGCUUAGGGGUCAUGUGUCACAUGGACACGGUCGUAUUGGAAAGCACAGAAAGCACCCCGGUGGUCGUGGUAAGGCUGGUGGUCAACAUCAUCACAGAAUCAACCGUGAUAAAUUCCACCCUGGUCUUUUCGGAAAGGUCGGUAUGCGAGUAUUCCAUCUGAACAAGAACCAAUAUUAUUGCCCGACAGUGAACGUUGACCGAUUAUGGUCGUUAGUACCUGAACCAAUCAAGCAGCAAGCCAGCCCCGACAAAGCUCCAGUCAUCGACUGCGUGAAGGCUGGAUACUUCAAGGUUCUUGGAAAAGGACUUCUUCCAAAACAACCCCUCAUCGUCAAGGCUAAAUAUUUCUCCCACGAAGCCGAAAAUAAGAUCAAGGAAGCGGGAGGAGCCUGUAUUUUGGUUGCAUAAGCUGCCGUUGUUGAUUUUGUACCUUUUUGAACAAAGUCAUAUAAACUAUG